AUGGACUUGCGUAGCAAUAGAGAUCGAUUUCUACAAUUGUUUAUGGACGGUUGGAAAGUGCUUCGAGAUCCUGAAUUGGAAUCUAGUCACAUACCGGCCCACUACUGGAGGGAGCAGAUGAACUCAGAAGAACGCAAGCUGCCCCAUCGAUCCCUUUGGCAUACUUUUGUGCUUAUUCAAAUGACUUUAUUUUUUGCUUCGUUGUGGUACGGUUUGACUGAAUCGAUUGGAAACAGUGUUCAAAUGGGUCGGGACCUUGCAUUCAUCAUUGGAACAUUUUUCAUUGUAUUUAAAGUUUAUUAUUUUCACUGGUAUGGCGAUGCUCUGGACGAAGUGAUCACCGACUUGGAGGCCUUCCAUCCUUGGUCACGGAAGGGUCCUGGUGCAGUAGAUAUUCGAGCUGGCAAACGCUGGUACUUCCUGAUGUCCUUUUUCCUUGGGUCGUUUUGGUCCUUCUUCUUGUGUAUUUUCGUCGUAUUACUAAUGACAUCACCGAUGUGGGUCCAGCAGCAAAAUCUUCCCUUUCACGCUGCAUUUCCAUUUCAAUGGCACGACAGAUCAACCCACCCUUUUACACACGCCAUAAUCUACUUGUUUCAUUGUUUGUUCAUGACGUAUGCCAUAGUUUGGCUUUUAUGCAUUGAGGGCCUUUCUGUAUGCAUUUACGCGGAACUGACUUUUGCCAUUGAAGUCCUGUGCCUCGAACUUCGCCACCUGAGCCGCAGAUGUCAUGGCGAUGAAGAGAUGAGACUGGAGACAAGACGCCUAGUCAGAUUCCAUCAGAAGAUCAUUGAGUAAGCAUCGAUACACAGAGUUAAUUUAAAAAAGUAUAGAAGGAAAUAUGUUUGUGUGUUUUGUUUCGACAAAUUAUUUAGAAUUUUAGAUCGUGCCAACGACGUUUUCCAUGGGACUCUCAUCAUGCAGAUGGCAGUUAACUUCUUGUUAGUCUCUUUAUCGGUCUUAGAGGCAAUGGAGGCCCGAAAAGAUCCCAAGGUGGUGGGCCAGUUUGGAGUGCUCAUGCUGCUCGCGUUGGGACAUUUGUCCAUGUGGUCGCUGUUCGGAGAUAGGUUGUCACAGGAGUCGGUACAAGUUUCCGAGGCUGCUUAUGAGGCUUAUGAUCCCACCAAAGGAUCUAAAGAAGUUUACCGAGAUCUCGGUUUUAUCAUUCGACGUGCCCAAGAUCCUCUGAUCAUGAGAGCCAGCCCUUUUCCGUCCUUUAAUUUAAUAAACUACGCUGCUGUAAGUUUUUUUUUAACAAUAUAUCUAAGCUGUAAUAUAUGAUUUGUUAAUUUUUUAGAUACUUAACCAAUGUUAUGGAAUCUUGACAUU